CACGCGCUUACAAAUGCGUGAUGGAAACGACAUGUCUGUCUUUCCUUUGGUCACCGUCAUCUUUCUAUUCACUGCCAAUGUUGUCCCAUUAUACCAAACACUCUCAUGUUAUCUACACUGCUUAUUUCAACCCCUUGCUUUUCCACAGACUGAAAGCCCCUCUUUUGAGUCUUGACCCCCGAGAGUCUGAAGACAACUUCACACUCUCUCUCUCUCCUUUCUCUGUCCCGUCUCAGUGUUAAACUCUCAGUUGCUUUCCCUUUUCCUGGAAUGAAAAAACCCGAUGAUCCGCUCACUUAACUCUUUUUUCCCAGAUAUCAUCCGCACCCAAUACCUGCAAUCAUUCCAGAUUUUUGCGGACUCUUUCCUGCUUGAAUAAAAGAGAUCGAGGUAAAAAGAUUGAGGAAGAGAUUCUCUCUUUCUCUUACAUUUCAUCAUCUUCCACACCAACAAAACCCUCACCCCAACCCCACUUUCUUCUCUCUUUGAGCCAUGCAAAAUCAGGCAUUUACUUGUUUCGGAUCGUAAUCUUCCUUAUCCCAAACUACAACAGAAGAGAGUCCUUCUCAGCUGCAAGGAGGGCAUACUCUCCCUCUCUCUCCUCAUCCCCUUUGUUGACUUCUAUAAAGUUCCAAAUGAAAACCCUAAAAUAGAAGAAGAGAAGGAUCAAAAAGACUAGCCCCAAACAUCAACCACAGUCUCUCAACCCUCCAAGAUCCAGGGAAAAGAAAAAACGCAAACCAAACCCAAAACCAAAACCCUUUGCUUGCCAUGGAUUUAGUAUCACAACCAAACAAUCCCAUCUAUGAUUCACCCAUAUUGAACAUCAGUACCACUCCAACCACUCCAUCUGCAGCCAUAAUAUCGUCUCCAUCUUCUACUACAACUAGUACUGCUGCUGCUGCUGUUACAACUCCAAGCCGCUAUGAGAACCAGAAGCGGCGAGACUGGAACACCUUCUGCCAAUACCUAAGGAACCACAAACCUCCACUCUCACUCCCCAUGUGCAGUGGUGCACAUGUUCUUGAAUUCCUCCGUUACCUCGACCAAUUUGGGAAGACCAAGGUCCACAACCAAACUUGCCCCUUUUUUGGCCUCCCAAACCCACCUUCUCCCUGUCCGUGCCCUCUUCGCCAAGCCUGGGGCAGCCUCGACGCCCUCAUCGGCCGCCUCCGAGCCGCCUAUGAAGAGCAUGGCGGGAAGCCAGAAGGAAACCCCUUUGGUGCGAGAGCUGUGAGGCUGUAUUUGCGCGAGGUUCGUGAUUUUCAGGCCAAAGCGAGAGGGGUCAGCUAUGACAAGAAGCGUAAAAGGCCUAAGCCAAAGUUGGCUGCUACUCCGAACGCCAACAACUAGUGGCGGAAAUCAGCAAAUAUAAAGAUCAUUCAAAUGGAUCACAAUGUGGGCUUGAUUCCUUCCUUUAUUGGGUAAUAAACCUGCAGCUAGCUGCCCUCUCUCUCUCUCCCUCUCUGUGUGAUGACAUAUGUAAAGCUUUUGCCACAGAUAAAGGAAAAAGGAUUGUAAUUGGAUAAGUGGAAAAAUCACGAGCCUAUAAACAGUGAUUGGCAGUAGGUUAAAUAUAAUCUUGUUAGAUCUAUUAUUAUAUGUAGUUAGGCAUGAAGACAAAACCUAGAUUGUCUUUUCAAUUUAGAUGCUAGCUAAGAGUUAAAACACAUGUUAGAAAUUAAGAUAAUUAAAUAGAAUUUGAA